CAUCGCAACCACCGGCAAAAUGAAGUUUCUAUCUCUUCCUGCGAUAGAUGUUGUGACGAGCGCUCUGAACUUCGACACACCAGACUGUCACAUCACCGGCAGCUGCGAUCUAUACACCACCAAGGCUGCGGGUUCCGACAAGCGCCUUUACAAGAACAUCCAACAGUCCCUCCAAACUCAGCAUGACAACCUCAUCAAGUUUGGCAAGUCCCUGUCACCACCACAGCGCGAAUCAAUCGCCGAUACCGUCAACUUUGAGCGGUCUUCACCAUUCGGCUCGCUCAACGAAAAGGCCAACCGAAACACAUACGCAUACCUAAUAGCUACUCUCAAUGCGUCGCAUCCCGACUACGACUUCUCCAAUGUCCUGCGACCCGACGACUUUAAGCGCGAGAAAGAGUUGCGCCGCGUCAUGGCCCACAUAGAUAGCACCCUGCAAAGCGUGCGGCCCAAUUCAUCUUUCCUAGACGUCACAAUACCUUGCAUGGGCACCUCGCCCGCCGCCGCCUCGAGUUUCGGCUCCUCAGGCCUCGCCAUGUCACCCGUCUGGGGCCCUGGCAUGUGGGCAUCCAUCGAUAAAGAGAUGGACCUCAAGGACUGCUCCAUCUUCUCGUACCAACCCGUCGACGCCCCAUUUGACGAGGAAGAAGGCGCCAUUUGGGCCCUCCACUACUUCUUCUUCAACAAGACUCUCAAGCGCGUCUGCUACCUCUACGUGCGCGGGAUGCCGGUCAUGUCCCAUAGUCCGAGAAUACCGGGUCACCACGCCAUCAUCUCGGCCAAAGGCGGGCUUGUGCGGCCGCGCAGGGCCCUCUACGGGAUUGACGAGGAGCUCGACGACGCCGGAGCCAACAAGCGCGCAAGGUACUGGCUCGGAGACCAGUUUGCCGAGCGCGUCAUGGCGGAUGACGACGACAUGGAGGCCGAUGACGGUCUAAUAUGGAAUCGCGAUGCUGACGGUGACGUCAACUGCAACUAUCACGAUGACGAUUACGACGACUAUGAUAUUGAGAGCCUGGGGGAUUACGAAGAGGACGAAGACCUCGAAGACGCGGAAGAAGAUGACCAUGACAACAAGAACACUAAUGGUGGUCGGAGUCAAGCUUCGGCCGCCAAGGGGGGCUGGCGCUCUGAGAAUGUUCCGUACCGGGGAGUCAGUGAGGAUAUUGCGUCGAGGAUGGAGAUUGAUGUUUAGACGACGUCAAUCCCAUUCCGCUAGUCCUUGAAGACCUAGGACGCUAAUGACAGUCGUCGAGGUGGCUGUCAUGUUAUUCAUGCUAAUCUGCUACGUUUUUGCUCUUUUUGUUUUUGGCGACAGCCUCAUUGUGCGCGAGCCUACGGGAGCGUGAGAGGCUCCUGAUUUUCGAGAUACCAUGGUGUUGGUUCGCGCUCGCAUCUUCUUUUCUUGGUGUUUUUCCCUUUUCUCUUUUCUUACCUUUGUUUGCGUGUACAUGGUUCGUUUUCAUUCAUCUGCCUUUUCUUGGAUUUUUCUCUUUUACUUUUCUAGCAGCAUCCAUGCUGUAUCACUGCUUCCACGCACGACAUCACAUCACAAUGGGUAUAAUCUGGCUGGCUAGCUUAUACAUCAACACGGGAAACGGUAGAAUGUUUCUCCCUCAAUGGGGUUUGGGUUAAGACAUGGGUGGGAGGCAUGGAUUGACUCAAAAUAUCCGCCCAUGAAAGCUGGCCAGCAAUGCAUUGGAGAGAGUUCACGACGGCGUAAUCGUGUGCUCUUUGGGGAUAACUGUGGGAAUUUCGCAAUAACACGUCUUUUGCUUUUUUGUGGGGUUUGUUUUCCUUGUUCGAGUAUCUAUGGCUCCAAGGAAAUAGUCGUGGGGAUUGGAUCAUUUGUCCUGGGUUUUCAGAAGGUCGGUGAGAGAGACUACAAUUCUGGAUAACGCUCCGGGUGGAUAGGGGUAUGGUUACGUUUACGGCUACGUUGCUCUUUUGCUGCUAUACUUACUGACUUUGCGCGGAGUAUUUCCCAACUACUC